AAAGUCGUAAUAUUCUGGUGUUUGGUGUCAGUGUAGUGUUAGAGAUAAGUUCGUUAAUUACCUGCCAUUUUUUACUUGACAUUGGGAAGGUUGUUUUUAUAGGGAGCGUGCAUGAACUAUAGACGGCAGCACAGAAGCCCCCUAUUCAUUGGCGCGAAGCAUUAUUUCAAGUUUCCAUUUUUAGAUUUAAGCCGCUAGAUAGCAGACCCUACUAUGCGUAAUACAGCCAGCGUGAAGUGUAGGGGCAGCACCUGCUUAGAAGCGAGAAUUGUUAUCACUUUUGAUUUAGGUUGCGAAGCCAACAUGCCAAUCGUACGCUCCGAAGCGAACGAAACGCAACUGUCACUGUUGCACUAUUAUGACAGAGUGAUAGAGAGAUACAAAGCGUUUUGUUCUUGGCAAGGCACCCUGGUCACGAGAUGGCAGACCCUCCAACACACGGUCUCUAUAGCAGUUUAUAUCGUGUCCAUCGCAACCUUAGAGUGAUUUAUUGAAUGAGGUGUCAAUCAAUAGGGAAUAUUACGCAAAACUGCGUAGAGAGCACCACUAACGCAAACUGACGGCCUAUGGAAAACACAAAAAUUGAAAUUCUAUUGUCACGUUUCGCGAUAGGCUCUUUGUAAACAAACUGCUUUGAUACUUCAAUAUCACAGUGAAAACUUCUCAAAAAAACUGUUUAAGCCUUAAGGUGUAGCAAAUGUAAGUUACUCUUUGGUUUACAAUAUGUGCUACAGCUGCACUCUGGCGGCAGAACAUUGCAGUAAUACCCCCUAUUCGAUUUAAUGACAUUUGUUAUUAUUCGUUUUUAAAAGUGUGGGUGUGUGUGUUUAUGAACGUCAUAGUAUCAUAUAAAUUUGUCAUUCAUGAUGAUAUAUUGAUUUAAACCAACACGAUUUUCGUUCAUAGUUUUAAAAACGAAUACGGGACGUAAUCGCGUAAACUCAAAACAAAACCCGCGCAGCAAGAAGUUGAUACAAUUCCUCGCCAGUCUGCCUGUGACCACGAGCGUAACGUAAACGCCAGGCCAUAUAAUAAACGGCGUAUUUGCGCCCGUUUCGGCGACGGGGGCUAUCUGAUGCAAAUAAGCUACGCGGAUGAGGCCGACAAGUUCAGGAACAUGGCCGUUCGCCCUGAUGACGUGUGGGUGACCACGUUUCCUCGAUCAGGUACAACAUGGACCCAGGAAUUGGUCUGGCUGCUGAUGAAUGACCUUGACUUCGACACGGCCUUAAAGAUUCCUUUGAGUUCCAGAUAUAAUACCCUUGAGCAUUAUCACUGGAAAUACCAAAAGGAACUAAACCUGGAUAUAUUAGACCCGGAACUGCGCCAGAAAUGUACCGAAAUAAGGCUUACUUAUGACGCGAUAAAUAACGCGCCUUCUCCUCGGUUCUUCAAGACACAUCUAGCCUUCUCGCUUCUGCCCCUAAACCUGUUGGAUUCUUCCAAAGUGCUAUACGUGGCCCGGGAUCCCAGGGACGUAGCUGUGUCCUUGUUUCAUCAUCAAAAACUCACUUGGUUUUAUGCUGGAGACUUUAAAAGCUUUUGGAAUCUUUUCAUCAACGACUUGGUUAUUAGGUCUCCAUAUUUAACGCAUCUGAAAGAAGCCUGGGCGCUGCGUCAUCAUCCAAAUAUGCUGUUUAUUUUCUACGAAGAUAUGAAUAAGGAUCUGCCCUCAUCGAUUAAACGAGUAUCGGAUUUUCUUGGCAAGGAAGUUAAGAACGAACAAAUUGCAAAACUUUGCGAGCACCUGGACAUAGAAAACUUCAGGAAAAAUGAGUCUGUGCACCCGUCGUGGAGGGCAGCGAUUUUCAACCCCGACGCCGAGCCCUUCGUAAGAAAAGGUAUUUCCGGCGGUUGGCGCGAGUACUUCGACGAGGAGAUGGCGGCGCAGGCGCAGCGUUGGAUGCGCGAGGGCCUCGCCGGCUCCGGCCUGCGGUUCCCGCACGACAGCUCUUUGACAUUUUGAUUACAUACAAAUAAUAAUAAUGUUGAUUAAGUUGGCACAAACGUAAUUAUGACUGACCCGUAGGCGGCAACAGAAUUUUUAAAUAUAUAUAAUAGCUGUGGCUUAAAACAAAUCUAAUUUCGAUUACAUGUUAUUAAAAAGUGGGACGCUACAUGCGUUGAUACCCUGGCACCGUCCCAUGUCCCGAGCACCAAAGUUACCGCUGGCGCUGCGGCAUCCUCGGCCGAAAGCCUCAAGCGCCGCAAAUAUUCAGCACUAGGUAGCAGCUACAUGUUUGCGGCGUUUGGCGUUGAAACCUUGGGGCCAUGGGGGCCAAGUGCGCGUCGGCUUUUUAAAGAUUUGUCGGCGCGCCUAAUAGAGGCCUCGGGCGACCAGAGGGCUGGCCACUAUUUCGCACAGCGUAUAAGUAUCGCCAUACAGCGGGGAAAUACGGCCAGCCUUCUAGGGACCUUGCCCAUUGACGGCGAUUUGGGCCAAAUUUUUUAUCUUUAGUUUAAGUUGUUAGUAAGUUUUAUUAUGUAUGUUUAUUUCUUUGUUUUUGGAUAUUAAAAAAUAUUAAUUGAAGCUAAUAAUAUUCGAAA